AUGGAGCACGAGUGCCUGGCUCUUGUCGCGGCCUGCGUCCAGACCUCCCAAUUGCUAGUACAGCAGUGGAUGCUCAACAGGCGCACUGUGAUAUUUGCCAUAGUGAGGAUUCUGCAGCGGAGGCGCUUCCGCAGAUCUGCUGCCGUGCUUCGCCGCAUCCUCUCGGCUAGCGUCCGCCGCAAGAGAGCCCUGCUGCGGCUUCAUCGAAACGCAAUCGUCUCUGUGGUCACGAUGGUGUACUCGUCGUCCCCUGCACUCCACUACGAGCACGAGCUGAUGGCCUUGUCAGAACGGUCGCACUGGAUGCUUCCGAGAUGCAGUGAGUGGUGGGAGCGGAUGAUCUCUUCAGAGCAGGACGACAAGUGCUGGAUUUCUUUGUUCAGGAUGUCACGCUCCACCCUCAUGUACAUCGCAGAGGAGCUGCGCCCGGCUCUGCAGCGGCGAGACACCGGAAUGAGGUCCCACAUCCCUGUGGAAAAAAGGGUUGCCAUGACCAUCUGGAAGCUGGCCCACCACGACAGCUACAAGACCGUUUCUGAGCUCUUUGGGGUGGGGAUUUCGUCAGCUUGCUCCAUAUUUGAAGAGGUGUGCGAGGAAAUAAACAGCCGGCUCCUCACCCAAACCAUUCAGCUGGGAGAUCCUCAGAAAAUCAUGGAAGGCUUCGAGGAGAUGGGCUUCCCCAACUGCCUUGGCGCUAUCGACGCUGUGCACAUUUCCAUCCUGUGCCCCCCCUUCUCUGCUGACUCCUACAUUAACUGUAAGGGCUUCUACUCGAUGGUCUUGCAGGCGCUGGUGGACAGUAAAUCCUGUUUCACUGACAUCUACGUUGGUUUCCCAGAGCGGUCCCAUGACUCCCGCAUCCUGCACAACUCGCCCUUCUUCAACAGUAUGGAUGACGGCACCUUCGGGCCGCAGACUUCGACGGCUUUGGAAGGCGUCUCGAUGACCCCCGUCAUCAUUGGGGAUGCUGCCUACCCGCUCCGCCCUUGGCUGAUGAAGCCGUACCCUACACCAAAAACUGUGGCGCAAGAGCAAUUUAAUGAAAGGCUAGCGAAGUGCCGGGCGUGCGUGGAGAGAGCAUUUGGGGUCCUGAGAGCUCGCUGGAGAUGCUUGCAGAUGAGACUGGAUGUGAGGGAGAAGCUCAUUCCCGUAGUCAUAGCGACGUGCUGCAUACUGCACAACAUAUGCGAAAUCAAAGGGGAUGAGUUGUUGGAGCCGCUGGAAAGUCCUCCAGCGGCUGAAAAUCAGAAUGCUUCAGCCAGGCCAAGGGUGCCCUUAUCGGAGGCUGGGCUGACCAAGAGAGCGUGCCAGAUAAGGGCUGCAUACUGCUCUUACUUUGAAAAGAAUCCUCUGUAG